UCCCCACUUCUGCCUGCCAUUCCCAGAGGAUCCCCAAGAGGAGGAAGAGGCAGAGGAAGACAACAUGACUGAUUUAGAACCCCAGAGUAUCGACUGGCAGACAAUCUCCAAUCGGUUUGCACAUCACACAGACAAGUUCUACAACCAGGAUCUCAUCUUGCGAAGAGGACAAUCAUUCAAUAUAUCAUUGACCUUCAGACGACUUCUUAGAUCUGGAGAAAGUCUGGGGUUCAUAACCUCCACAGGGCCUGCCCCUUCAGAAUCGGCCAAAACGAAGGCUGUGUUUUCACUCUCCAAUGGGACAAAUAGUGGCAGCUGGAAUGCACAGCUCACGUCUCAGAGGGAUAACACUCUGAUCAUCUCCAUCUCCAGUCCUGCCAAUGCUCCCAUAGGCUGGUACACUCUGAACCUUCAGAUCUUCUCCCAGGGCAAUACCUUUACUUUGAAACUUGGGAUGUUCAUACUGCUCUUUAACCCCUGGUUGCAAGCGGAUGGUGUCUUUAUGAGUAAUCACGCCGAGAGGGAGGAAUACAUUCAGGAAGAUUCGGGCAUCAUCUUUGUGGGAAGCACAAAUCGAAUUAGCAUGGUUGGCUGGAACUUUGGACAGUUUGAAGGAGACAUUCUGAACAUUUGCCUCUCGAUCCUGGAUAACAGCCUGAAUUUCCGCCGUGACCCUUCUACUGACGUGGCCCGCAGAAGCGACCCCAAAUAUGUUGGCCGAGUGAUGAGUGCAAUGGUCAAUAGCAAUGACGACAAUGGCGUGCUUGCUGGGAAUUGGAGCGGUAACUACGUAGGUGGCCUGGACCCCAGGAACUGGAAUGGCAGCGUGGAGAUCCUCAAGCAGUGGAAGAAAGAUGGCUUCAGGCCAGUCCGAUAUGGCCAGUGCUGGGUCUUUGCAGGGACCCUCAACACAGUGCUGCGGGCUGUUGGGAUCCCCUCCCGGGUCAUCACUAACUUCAACUCAGCUCAUGACACAGACCGAAACCUCAGCGUGGAUGUGUAUUACGAUGCCAUGGGAAAUCCAUUGGACAAAGGCAGCGACAGCGUAUGGAACUUCCACGUCUGGAAUGAAGCUUGGUUUGUGCGGACUGACCUGAGCCCCUCGUACAACGGAUGGCAGGUUCUGGACGCCACCCCUCAGGAGAGGAGCCAAGGGGUGUUCCAGUGUGGUCCCGCUUCGGUUGUCGCUAUCCGAGAGGGCGAUGUGAACCUGGACUUCGACAUGCCCUUCAUCUUUGCGGAGGUUAAUGCCGACCGCAUCACCUGGAUCUACGAUGCCCACAGCAAUUCCCAGAAGCAGAAUUCGUCAGAUAGUCACACCAUUGGCAAGUACAUCAGCACCAAAGCAGUCGGCAGCUACUCUCGCAUGGACGUCACGGAGAAAUACAAGUACCCAGAAGGUUCCAACGAGGAAAGAAAAGUGUUUCAAAAGGCUAUGGGGAAACUUAAACCCAGCAGUUCAUUUGGCCCAACAUCUGCAGGAGGGAGAGAAAAUGAGGAACGGGAGCCCAGCAUCUCUGGCCAGUUCAAGGUCAUUGGCAUACUGGCAGUGGGCAAAGAAGUCAACCUGGCCCUCAUGCUCAAAAACCUGACAAGGGAUAUGAAGACAGUGACAGUGAACAUGACAGCCUGGACCAUCGUCUACAACGGCACACUUGUACACGAAGUGUGGAAAGACUCCAUCACAAUAUCUCUGGACCCUGAGGAAGAAAUACAGCAUCCCGUGAAGAUCACAUACGCUCAGUAUGAGAAGUACCUGAAGGCGGACAACAUGAUCCGGAUCACAGCCAUAUGCCAGGCCUCUGAUGAGGCUGAGGUGGUGGUGGAAAGGGACGUCAUCCUGGACAACCCCACCCUGACCCUGGAGUUGCUGGACAGGGCCAAGGUGCAGAGGCCUGUGAACGUACAGAUGCUCUUCUCCAACCCGCUGGAUGAGCCAGUGAAGAACUGCGUGCUGAUGGUGGAGGGGAGCGGUCUGCUGCUGGGCAGCCUCAGGAUUGAUGUGCCAGCCCUGCGCCCCAAGGAGCGGUCCCGGGUACGUUUUGAGAUCAUGCCCACGCGGAGUGGCACCAAACAGCUGCUUGCUGAUUUCUCCUGCAACAAGUUUCCUGCAAUUAAGGCUAUGCUGUCCAUUGAUGUGACCGAGUGAAGAGCCCGGGUGACCCCCAUACAAACUUGGGUACCACGGAGCA